AUGGCCUGGGUAGAGCGAUCCUUAGAUCAACAAAAGCAGGCGUAUGACGGGACCAGGACUGAACUGAGGCACCGGGAACAAGCGGUCGAGCAGCGGGAGCGUGAAUUGACAGAGAAGCUGUUACGGGUUGCCGGGGAGUCCAGAGAACUUCUCAGGAAGGAACUCGCCGCAGAGAGGGCAGAUUUCAGGAAGGAGAUGGCUGAUGAGAGGGCCGAGAUAAGAAAAGAGAGAGUUGAGUUCAAGCGCGAGAGGGACGAGUUCUUGAAGGAGCGCGACGAGAUCAAAGCACAGAAUUCAGCAUUACGAAAGAAGCUCGAGUUUGUCCGUCCUCGCUUUGGCCUCUUACCUGUCGAGGUUCUCGGGCCCACCAUCUAUCUCCACUACUGCGACGUUUUGCUCAAUCUGUAG